AUGGAAGUUCAUCGUUGUCGAUUUGUAGAAUACCAGCCAGCAGCUAUUAACACACUUGAUUUUACUCCAGCAACAGUCAAGGAGACUCGAUUAGCAGUGGGUCGUGCCAACGGUAACAUUGAGAUUUGGGAUCCAACUCAUAAUUAUCGACUUGUUAAAACCCUACCAGGUGGUGAAGAUCUUUCAGUUGAAAGUGUUGUUUGGGCUCAUCAAAAUGUCAUUGCCAAUCCUGAUCCCGAAGACGAUCCUGAAGAUCUUGCUAAGGAGUUGGAAAUCUUAUUGGCACAACCUCCUCGUCUCUUUUCUUCUGGAUUAAACCCUUAUAUCAUGGAAUGGGAUACAACAACAAUGACUGUUAAAAAAUCUUGUGAUACAAAUGGUGGUGCUGUUUGGUGCUUGGCUGUUAAUAGUAAAGGCACUCGACUAGCCGCAGGUUGUGAAGAUGGUUGUGUUCGAUUAUUCGAUAUUGCAGAUGGGAACCUUGAAUAUAUUCGUACCUUUGAACCUCAAAAAGGUCGUGUAUUAUCAGUUGCUUGGGCUCCUAAUGAUGAAUUUAUUGUUUCUGGUGGAUCAGAUUCAGCUAUACGUACUUGGAAUCCUCAUACUGGACGUACAAUUCAACGAAUGACAGUAACUAAAAAACGUAAAGAACAAACAUUAGUAUGGGCAGUUGCAGCACUUCAAAAUAAUACAAUUGUUUCUGGAGAUUCACUUGGUACCAUUACAUUCUGGGAUGUUACUAUGGGUACAGCAAAACAAACGUUUCGUGCUCAUGGUGCUGAUGUUCUUUGUCUUGCUGCCUCCAAAGAUGGCAAUCAAGUAUUUUCUGCAGGUGUAGAUCGUAAAAUAACAUGCUUCCGACGUAUAACAAAAAAGAAAACGGGUGAUAUAGUUAAUGACUGGAUUAAUGUGGGUAGCCGUCGAUACCAUUGGCAUGAUAUUAGAGCACUUGCAUUAGAUGAAAGGCCCAAGAUUAACUCGAUUGUAUCUGGUGGUGUUGAUGUUGAACUAAUUGCUUGUCCUGCAGUGGAGUUCCCUAAACUUAUUCAAAACAGAUUACCUCCUUUCCCUCAUAAAUAUAUUGUAUCCAUGUCCAAAUCUCAUAAAUUAAUUAUGGCCACUUUCUUUAAUUCUAUUUCACUUUGGAGAUUAGGUAAAGCUACUAAUGUAGACCUUUCAGCUAAACAACCUGCUUUACCCGAGAUGGUUGAACCUCAUCAAUUAGCUUUGGAACUUAAAUUAAAACCUGAUUGUAAUAUUACUUCAAGUGCUUUAUCUGAGGAUGCAAAUUGGAUUGCUGUUGCUGAUAUUGAAAAUGUUAGACUCUUUAGAGUGAGUCAAGGUUCUGAACCUGGACAAUUAGAAGUAAAGAAACAAAGAUCAUUUGAUAGAGAAUUAAAUAAUUAUUUAGCAACACAGAAUGCUGCACCUGGAGGACAUCAUGUCUUAUUUACACCUGGGUCUGAUAAAUUAAUUAUUAUUACCCCUGAAUCACGUAUUCUUAUUGUAGACCUUACAAAAUGGGAAGAAGGUGCAUUUGAAGUUUUACGAGAAUUUGGUCAUCAUCGUGGUUUAGAUAGCGAAGGAAAUAGUUCAGACGAUCAAGCAAUUGCUACUGUUACAUCAUUAUGUGUGAGUUCUGACGGACAAUGGUUAGCAACAGGUGAUGAUGAAAAUCGUAUUCAUGUGUUUAAUUUGGAUAAUUUAAAGCAUCAUCUUCAACUGCCUCGAGGAUCUAUUCCUCAUACAACUUUAUCUUUUAAUGAUUUCAGACCUAAUGAACUUCUUGUUGCUUUAGCUACAAACGCAUUUUAUAUUUAUGACGUUGAACAUAAACGAUUAACAAACUGGUCCAAUUUACAUCAGGAUAUGUCUAAAUCACGACUUUUAGAACAAAGAGAUCGUAUUCGUAAUGUCAUGUAUAAUCCAGCAGAUAAAAAUAAAAUGAUCUUAUAUGGAAGUGGAUAUAUGUGUCUUGUAGAUAUUGAAGAUAAACCUGUUGAAAAACAAUUGGGAAAGCGAAAGAAUAGUACAAGUAAUGAAAUAAAAUCUCAACCCAAUAAUCAAGAUUUACCAGUUAUUUCAAUUUCGUAUCAAUAUCAACAAAUCCUUUAUGCUGGAUUCAUUGGUGAAAAUCAAAUGGUGAUGAUUGAAAGACCCAAGUUCAGUGUUCUUGAAAAUUUACCUCCUUCUUUCUACAAAGCUCAUUUUGGUGCAGCAUAA